AUGACCACCAGGCAGCGUCGCGGUGGACCUGGAACGAAGUUCCGGAUCAAGUUUCAGGAGAUGCUGGACCACGUCAAUUGCUCGGUGGCACCAGUGGCUGGACUGGAAGGCGGCAUGUACAUUGACUACCGGCAGUUCAAGAGGAGCUUCAUCCAAAUUGGCACCUGGCUGGAGCCAGCUGUCAUCGUGGGGGGGCAGGGCCGGGACUGCUGGAUGUCGCAAAGCGGUUUCACUAUACUCGUGGCGUUUAAACACGUUCGGCCGAUCUCAAACAAGGAGACAUGGUGGCCCGGCACUGAUGACCAACACGGGGAAACAAUCAACCAGCUCCGACGAGUUGAAGACAGCGUCAACCCAGAUGCCGAGAUGGAGUUCGAGGACCUUCGAGGGAAGAACCACCUCAGGCUCGAGCUGAAGAUGUCGAGCUCCCCCACUCUGAAGUUGAGCUCCCAGCGGCAACAGCAGCAGCACCUAACACCCGACUUGGAGAAGACGCUCAAGCUCAAGGAAUUGCCCCACCUGCGCCCGAACCACACAACUCAGGACAUCCCGGCGGACCAGAUGCCUCUCUUGCUGAAAGCUAUCGAGGAGCAUUGGGAGGCGUGGAAGAUAUUCGGAUUGGCGGAGAUCCCACCUCUCGCGGAGCCCGAGCAAGCACGGCAGAAGUACGACAAUAACGUGGAGACAACGCCGAACCCGAAGUCCCUAAAGUUUCUGCCUGAGGGCAGGGACGUGCUGGGCGCCGGCAGCCGGACCCUGCUGUACAGGAGCAGGCACGAGGCGGGCGAGUCCGCGCUCGCCCUGGCGCUCUUCGAGGCCGACGGCGCGGAGCGGGGAGGUCAUGUUGGCCGCGCACCACGUCACCGUGACGAGGGCGGCCAUGGCCGACUGGGACGAGCUCCAGGGCACCGUCGAGCAGCGCAUCGGGAGCUUUUACGACGAGGGCUUGAGUCCUGUGGACGAGGGCGCCCUGGAGCGGACCGCCGUAGCGGCGCGCCGCGACCUGGCCGAAAGGCCCGCAUACUGGAGCUGCUGGACGAGCGGGUGAGGCCCAGCAUCCAGCAGGACGGCGGGGACAUCGCCUUCGAGCGGUUCGAUCAGGCCGACGGCAGCCUCUACCUGCGGCUGCAGGGCUCGUGCUCCGGCUGCGCGCAGUCGCACGCGACGCUGCAGGAAGGCGUCAGAAACUUGUUUCUGCACUACAUCCCCGAGGUGAAGCAGAUCGUCGGCAUGGCCGAGGAGGAGGAGGAGGAGAUUCCACGGCCCGGCUGGCGCUGA